GUUGUCUUUCGUCCCCAUCAUCUUUUGUCGUAUAAGUGCUAUAACAGAUGUAUUCUUCGCCAUCAUCACUUCUUACGAAGACCUUAGCUCAGUCACUGCCUCAUACAGCUAAGGCUAUGCAGUGUACCGCAUACGUGCUAUACUACUCACAACUAUGUUACCCUGUAUUCAAUUCAACAGCUCGAAUCGCGAGAGCGUCCAUUUCACUACAGCCUGGUCUGCUAAGAGGCUGUGAAAGGCCGUUCUUUUCGACAGCUUCACAUUGCAAAGAUGGAGCCGAUUCUCCUUCCACGAUCGCUUUUAAGAUUCCUAACUCUCAAUAACAGCACUUUUCUCCUUUAUUUGAACUCGAAUUCUAGACUUCUCACCAGUUUCCUCCCAUGUUCAGGACUUCCACUAUCUCAAGUCCUGUCACCCUCGAAGCUGCAGGGCUUGUCGCCCUCGCGGACCUCUCUGCAGCCACGGUAAGGACGGCGUUGACAGGGAGCGCCUCCUUUCUAGACGCACUUGUCCUUGUGCCAGGGAUGCAUAAACAACAGUGUGCCGAUGAAGUCAAUCACGGUGAAUUUCCUAUGGCUGGCGCCAUGACCAGUGGAUACGUCUUUCGCAUUGAAAAUCCCGCAGCUGUCAGCUACCUACAAAGCAUUGGCAAAGCUGGCCACCUCGUCACAGCCCAGGUGUCCCAACAUCCCUCCCGAAACAGCGAUCUAUCCCUUAAAAACCAGGUCUUCCAAUCGUUGUUCACUACUGGCGUCCCCGCGACUCUUUUGUACCUCUUAUGCCCGAUAUCAACUGUCACCGUUUUCGUAUUUCUGGCCACCAUUGGAGAUUGGUGGGGGUGCACGGUGAUAGGGAUGUUCGUUUUGGCCAGGUUGAUCAACGUGAUCAUCAUCUGGCGGAGAAAUAAGCCGGGGUGGAAAGGCGCGAAAGAGGAUGGGGACGGUGAUCUCCUCAUACUACUGACCCAGGAUCGCUGGGUACGUUUGCGGGGGACGAUAAAUGAUCUGAAGACCGUAACAGCGGGCCAAUGGCUUCGAGAUGUUUCUGCUGUGGAGAGCGUUGCCGUAAUGCUCUCCACAGUACUCGUUUAUGCCGCCGUCAUCCUCGCAUUCAACGCAUCAACAGUUGGGAGCUUGCUCCUGGCAUGCUUGCUACUCUGCUCUGUCACAUUUUUGACUCUGAGCAAUUCUUUCACGCAAUGUUUGCAAAUGUACGACUGCAUUGUGCAGAAAGAAGGAGAGCCAAAGAAGUACUACCGGAGGUUGGAUAUGGCGAAGGAAAUGGUUGAAAUGAGCAACAGAGAUGACUGGGCUAUUGGUAUGGGGUUAGUUCAUCCCAAAAGUGGACCUCACAGAGUGGUUACCGUUGUGUGAACAGCAAGUCUGUUAUCAUUGGAGACUAUACAAGGUGAUUUCGUCCUUAAUAUACCCUAUACAACGUCAUCGUAUUUUGUAUGUUAUCAUGUCUACCGUUUUGCUCGAGAUGAGACUUGACAAAUUUUUAAUUAUAAAAUUUACCCUCUCAGCUAUUAUAUGUUUCCCUUGAAUAAUAAGUUCCUGGUCCUGCAGUAUUGAUGCCCGCCGAUCCAAGCACCCCUUUGAAUCAAUGUACCGCUCGUUCCGUAUGAUAGUGUCAAACACUGAGUAUCAUAGGUGUGUCGAAUUCAAUGCCAUCUGAAUAUUGAUUGUUGUACUGUUCUCCUUUAGCGAUGACACAAUGCCUUCUAAGUAAGACAAAUACAACAUUGGAAGUCAGUAUGAUUCCUCGAAGAUGCAAGCUAGCCCUAGCGACGAGGAACAAAGACGCGAAAUGUUGAUGAAUGAACCGAGAUAGUCAGAGC